AUGUUGGGUCGAUCCGCCGCAGUGACGUCUGUUGCUGCUGCUGCUGCUGCUGCUGCUGGAUCGCGGCUACUUUCUGCUGCACAUUGCAUGUCGGCGAUGAGCAAGAGUGGUCGCGUUUUGUACUAUGGGACGAUGACAGUCAACCACCACGGCGCAGUGCCACUACGACCAUCGCCACCACGACUCGGACGAGUGCCAGACCAUCAACCGCUCGCAGUAUCAUCACCCUCCGGUCAUCGUUAUUAUCAUUAUUGUUGUUACGCUGCUGCUACCACAACCGUGGCUGCUGCUGAGGAUGCGUUGCGGAUAGGGCUGCAGCGGCGAGGACUGCAGACCAAGGCUGGAACCGCCAAGACGACGACGAUGGCAAUGACGGCGACGACGACUUCGCCCAGCGGAGGAGAAGCGUCGGACGCGAGUGCGCACCGGAUGGCAACUCCAGGCAAGAGUGCGCAGACCACGGAGCGCCAGGCUGAUGCUGGAUCGGAGCCAGCGUCGUCGCACGUGGAAGUCGCAGAGCAGGACCAAAUCGAGAACGAUGACAAGCAGCAUGCGAAACUGCCGCUCGGGACGCGUGCCAAGCUCAUGCUCAAGCGAUAUGGGCCGGUAGCACUCGUGUUUCACGGAUCCGUGUUUGCGACGACCAUGGCGGCCAUUUACGCCGCUCUGGAGCUCGGGGUGGACGUGCCAGCCCUGUGCGCAAUGCUCGGGGUUGACAAGCUGGUCGACCAAGCCACCCUCGACCACCCGCUGGGAACAGUGUUGGUUGCCUACGUGGCGACGGGCAUCACUGGUCCUGUACGAACUGCGCUCACGGUGGCAGGCACGCCGUUCGUCGCCAGAUGGCUGUUUCGGCGCUUUCCGAGCGUCCUACCCGCUCGCACAAGGGAGGCACUUCAACAGCAGUUGCGCCGCUAGAUGCCUCUGUCUCUCUGGCAGUGCAUCCGUUCUUGACACGAGCUGCACAAGUCGCCCAGCGAUGGUUGUCGAAUGUGGAUUUUUUUUUGAUUUUUUUGUGGUUUGUUUGUUUAAGUGGUCAGCAUCUCCUUUGCAAAUUUUGCGCAAUAGAACAACAAACACAACAACAA